GGUGACGAAAAUGAAGCUAGACUAAUGCGUCACCUAAUGAAAAACUAUGAUGCAGCCGUUCGACCAGUAUCAAAUUCCUCAUUGGCUCUAAGCGUCAUUUUUGGAAUUUCUUUGCACCACAUUAUAGAUGUAGACGAGAAGAACCAAAUUUUAACUACUAAUUGCUGGCUUACUCAAAUAUGGGUAGAUCACCAUUUAAAAUGGAACCCCUCCGAAUUUGCCGGGAUCAAAGUAAUCCGGAUCCCCUACAAUCGUGUUUGGCGACCUGAUCUAAUCCUUUACAACAACGCCGACCCUCAGUUCCAGACGUCUGUGAUUAACACAAACGUCAUAGUGUCCAGCACGGGAGAAGUGGAAUGGCUCAGCCAUGGCAUCUAUCGUUCUUCAUGCGACAUCAACGUUGAAUAUUUUCCUUUCGAUUUGCAAAUCUGCUACAUGAAAUGGGCGUCAUGGACCUACGACGGUUAUCAGUUAGAACUCAUAAAACAAACAGAAGAAGGCGACGUAAGCAACUAUCAAGCUAACGGAGAGUUUGACCUGAUAAGUUUUUCAUCUACAAAACAUGUUAAAUAUUACUCUUGUUGUCUUGAACCUUACCCAGAUAUAACCUACACAAUAAAACUACGACGCAGACCUCUAUUUUACGUAUUUAAUCUCAUCUUACCGUGCAUACUAAUAAAUUGCAUAGCCUUAUUAGUCUUUUACGUACCAUCCGAAUCUGGUGAAAAAGUUACUCUUGGAAUUAGUGCCCUUUUGUCAAUGACAGUGUUUCUAAUGACGAUCCGGGAGAGUUUACCACCAACAGAAAAAACACCCUUAAUUAGCAUGUACUAUGGUGUUACCAUAUGUUUAGUAACUUUCGCAACAGGGUUGUCAGUCGUUACACUAAAUAUUUACUAUAGUGGAGUGCAGGACACGGCUAUUCCCAAAUUCGUCAGAUCAGUAGUACUAAAUAAGUUGGCCCCUAUAGUUUUUCUGAAAUUUGGAAAGCACAGGACCAGACAUCGAAACUCUCCAAUUCAAGAAAUCAAUCCUCAAACAGGUACCAGAUUAGAUUGUGGUUGGUUGUAUUCCGACAAACUUUAUCAAGAAGAUAGAUAUUAUCUUAAACACCGACAAGAAAGAUCACCCAAAUUUAUUCUUAGACACCGUCCAGAACUAGAUGGAUUCGAGAACCAGAUUAUUCGAAUACUGAAUAAAAUUCAAAUAAGUGUAGAUCGAAAUGAACAGAGACUUGCGGAACAAGAUAGAAGAAAUAAUAUAGAACUAGAAUGGAAACAAGUAUCCAUUGUUUUAGAUCGGUUUCUACUUGCUGUAUUUAUGUUAAUUACAGUAAUUAGCACCACAACGAUUCUCUGUAGAAGUCCUCAAGAACAGGCUUAA